AUGAAAACUUCUUUUACAAUUAACCCAUCAUGUUUUGGGUUGUUUGUUCGACCUAAAACGAAUGCACAACCCAAAUUAAUUCUUAAACCAGAAUCAGAUGAUGAAUCUAAAGUAAACAUAUCAUCUAAUUUAUAGUUAAAUGAUGAUCAAUCCAAUCUAAAUAAUUAGAAUUAGUUAAUUAUUAAGAAUAGAUCAAUAACCAUAUGUUCCAAUACCUCAACAUUACCUGAAACUUUGUCUACUUCUUUUCAUAAUCAUGAACUAAAUUAAUCUGUUUUACAAUUAAAUAAAGAAGAUAUAUUUUAUAAAACUAUGCCUACUUCCUUUUAGUAAUUCUAAAUCAAAAAUAAGAGAAGAUAUGAACCAUAGAUUUAAACUACAUAAUAUCAAAUUUAGUUAGAUUAAGUAAUUAUUUAAAACAAUCUAUUAGAUUCCUGCAGAUUAGAGAACUACCUUAAUGAUAAGGAACAUUCCAAAUAAAUACACCUAGUCUAUGUUAUUAGACAAUAUGGAUAUUAAUCACAAAGAUAAAUAUGAUUUUUUUUAUCUUCCUAUAGAUUUUACUGUAAAAUUUUCAGAUAUCAAAGAAUAAAUGUAAUGUUGGUUAUGCCUUUAUUAAUUUUUUGGAUUCUAAAUUCAUUCCUAACUUUUUUCUAGAGUUUCAUGGAAAAAAAUGGAAACUCUUCAAUUCAGAUAAAGUAUUAUUUUUUAUUUUAAAAUUAUUUAGAUCUGUGAAAUAACCUAUGCUAGAAUCUAAGGAGUGGAAUAAUUGUAAGGACAUUUUCAAUAUUCUACUAUUAUGUAAGAAAAGGUAUUUAAUAAUUUUAUGGAAAUGUUUAGGAUAAGAGACUCAAACCAAUCUUUAAGAAAUAUUAAUCAGAUUAAUAAUUCAAGCGAAAAUGA